AUGUCGCCCAAUCCCGUCUCCGACCCUAUCAAUUCGCACAACCUCGCAGAAGUCAGGCGAGAAUUGAAUCGUGUUCCCACUGAUGCAGAAAUCGUCCAUGUCGUCAAACACUGGGCUGCCUGCUACUUCGAACCCGAUCCUGAGUCAGGCCGAUUUUGGAUCCGUAGUUCUGUUACAGGGCUCCGUGCUGAUCCUCCCCGGUCUGUGGACCGAGAAUCCAUGCUGGCGCUCUAUCAGCAGACUCUUUGCAAAUAUCGACAGGCAUGUGAAGAAUUUAGGGUGCAUGGAAACGAAUCCAUCAGAACGUUGCUUGAAGGAGAUUCCAGUGUUGAUGACACCCUUGAAAAGGGGGCUUUCAUCCGGGCUGAUAUAUUGGUCCCUAUGCGAUGUGUUGUGGAGGAUGAUUGCUGUGGUCGAAUUCAUAUUCUUUCAAAUGUCAACCGCCUGCGUGAAGUCCUGUGGAGCUUUGGAAUGAAAUGGCAAGCACUGGUUUGA